GAGAGAAGAAUGUAAGUACUCGGCAAGUUGGCAACCUGCAGUGGAAAUUUCUUAUAUGCCAGCAAUAUAUGCAUAUGCAUCCCCCUACAAUAAACGCGCGUCCUGCGAACGAUCGAGGAAGGACGACAGAUCAAUAUAUAAUGAUCAGAUUGGAUUCGGUUUAUUUUCAGAAGUACUGAUAUAUGCGCGCGAGCCGCAUGGAGUUGGGGUUAUCGGAAAUCAGUGUUUUUCUGCGGCUUUCUGCAAUCUUGUUCUUGGUUUUGACGGCUUGUUUGGUAGGUUUAGAUGCUCAAUCCAAGCGUAUCUUCUACACUGAGAGAAGAGCUACUUUCAAAGAUUUGGAUGCUCUCAUAGUUUUAGUGUAUGUGGUAUCUGCGGCUGCUUGCUAUAAUCUGCUUCACCUAUGCAAACGUUCAAUCUCAACGUGGUUUGAAGGAUACUCGAAAUGGGAUCUAUGCCUAUCUUGGGUUUGUUUGCUGGUGGAUCAGGUGGCAGCUUACAUUACGUUUGGGGCAAACUCAGCUGCACUUCAGAGCUCACUUUUUGCAGUGACUGGUGAAGAAGAUUUUCAAUGGAUGAAGCUAUGCAACAGAUAUACCAGAUUCUGUAUCCAAAUCGGUGCGGGUUUGCUCAGUGGCUUUGUGGCAUCUCUGCUAAUGGCAAUCCUGUCCUCCUUCUCCGCCUUUUAUCUGUUUAGGCACUACUCAGCAAAACGAUUCCUCUUCUUAAAGUGAUCUGCACGACAAUAAAUAGAGUAAUGCUGGGCCUGUAUAUUUUACAAUUAUUUUCUCAAAUAAAUAUAUCAAAAAUGCUGAAUGCAAUCGGUAUGUGUAAGCGGGGUGUAGUCGUGUUCUACGUGGAUUAAUAAAUAAGUGAGCAUCAAAUGAUGCGUUUCACUCCCUCA